UUGUCAUGUUUCAGAUUUGGACACAGGACAGACAGAAGUGCCUCACAGGCCAGAGCUUUAGUGAAAAGAUGUGGCAAAAGGUGGGCUGCUGUGGAUUUGUGGGAGCUGGUGGAGGUGGGCGAGACCUUUGGGACCAGAAUGAAGAGUGAUGGCAGGUGGUGCAAGGGAGGAGGGCUACUGGACAGGGGAGGGCUGGCUGAGGAGGAAAGUUCUAGAAGUCUCUCUGGAACACAGUCCACAUGAUGAUGUUCCUUAGAGAACUGGAGCAGCCCCAGACCCACUGUUAGAACUGAAACACUUUUAAACCUAGAUGGUACAGCAGGGCUUGUUUCUGUGUGGCAGAGGCUGUCCCUUACCAGAACAUACCUCCCCUGUCCUGUGGCUGUGCUGCCACCCAUCACACUGGUGAUGGUCAUGGUCACCUGCGGGAGCAGAUCUCCCCCUGCAGGAGGUGGGAGGGACAAGCCUGCUGUGUGUAUCUGUCCCCUGCACCUCCAUUGUUCUCCUGUGGAGGAGAGUGCAGAGGAACAGGCUGUUUGACUCCAAGACAGUGAUUGGAAGCUGCUCAUUCAGGCAAGGUCUCUGAAGAGGCUUAGGCAUGUGUGCAAAAAGAGGCUCUUUGCCUGCACAUUGGGAAGGUCAUAGAACUUGCCCCCCACCCGGAAUACCCCAAGGGUCGAUUUGAUACUGUUUGUUUUUCUAGGGUCAGGUGACCCCAUGGCUUGUUCACCAGAAUUCUGGGGGCCAAGUUCAGUCUGGGUGGGUGACUGUUUUAACCAUCCUGCUGUUGGACGUGGGCUACGCCUAGAUAGUCCUCGGUACCAGUGUUGCUCGAAGCUCUUGGGUAGCUAGGGUGGAUUCUUUUUUUUUUUUUUUUUUAAUGUGUAUUUAUUUUUGAGGGAGAGCACAAGUAGGGAAUGGGCAGACAGAGAGGGGGACAGAAGAUCUGAAGCAGGCUCUGGGCUGACAGCAGUGAGCCCGAUAUGGGGCUUGAACUCACAAACUGUGAGAUCAUGACCUGAGCCGAAGUCGGACUCUCAUCCGAUUGAACCACCCAGGUGCCCUAUAGGGUGGAUUCUAAGAACUGUUGAGUCCCCUGGUAUGUGUGUGUAAGAUCACAGCAGAUCUUCCUGGUGCUUUUUCAGGGCCCCUGUAGUAGCCUACAGUUUGAUCACCAUAAAGGAGUGUGCUUUCCGUCUCCUAACACGUGUCAAAAUAUUUAAUAUCUGCCAGUCUGAUGGGUUAAAAUGGUAACUCAUAUGAGCCUCUCUGAUUUCCACUGAGGUUGGACGUCUGUUCUUGUCUGUUUCUAUGUAAAAGUUUCUACAUAACAAGUCACUCCUAAGUCAAGUUGUUUAAAAUGACCAUCUUACUAUGACCCACAGUGCUGUGGAUUAGGAAUUUGGGCAGAGUGAUUCUUCAGCUGUGUGUGCCAUCCAUUGGGGUCACUUGACGGUUUUCAGCUGGCACUGGGCCAAUCUGGGGACCACUUAACUCCUUCUGGCACACUGUGCUGGUCCCAGCGUUCAUAGGACAGCCAGAUUCAAGGGAGAGUGCACCCCCUCCAUGGGGAGUGUUAAAGUUACGUGGCAUCUGGAAUUGUCACACUUCCCGUCCUUGUUCUGUUCACUCCCCUGUCGUGUUUCUCUUGGGCUGUGUUGGUCUAUAGGAGCAUCACUGAUGUCCCAGAUUUCUGGGAUGGGAACAAUUCUGGGUCUGGCCCUAGGAAGGGAUGGCUGAUGGAGUGUGGAUUAGAAAUCAGGAUCCAGUCACAGGCAGUGCCAACAGGGGUGGAGGAUGAGCCAAGGGUUCACGGUGGGGGGAAAGCCCGGUGGUCUGUGGAUGGCUAACAGGAGGCCUGUUUGGCAGGAUGGAGUCAGCCUGGGGAGACAUGAACAUGGCUGGUGUGGCUGGCUCCUGGCCCUGGACACUUGGGAUACCAGGUUCCUCCUGCCUGGUGGCUCUGUCAGAUUCUGAGUCACCUUGCCCUCACUGGACCAUCGAGUUGGGAGGAAGAGGAGGGGCUGGGCAGGGAGGCUAACAUCUUUGGCCUUGUCUCAACACGGGGCAGGGAAAGAAGUGGAGCUGCCAGGAGUGAGAGUCACGGAGCUCCCAGCCCCUCUCUGCUUGGUUCUCCAGCCGUGCUGUCUUCUUGGUUGUCCAGCCACAGCCUGUGACCAUAGUGGUCUCUGGGCAUAUGUCCAUUAGAGUGAGGAAUUUGAGUUCCCGACCACAGAAAGGUGGGGUGACCUGUGCUUCUGGUCUGGGUGCUUCCACAGGAGAGUCGGGGAGAGGACGGAACCAUCUCUUGAUGUUGAAAACCAGUCCUCCUGGGCAGCACUGGUCCAGGAAGUCAAGGGUGUCCUCACCUGCCAGUGUGCCAUACUGUUGGGUACCUUAUCUGCUCAGGCAGGUCUGACCACAUUCCUGUGUCAUGAGGCCAUCCGAGUGACCUGCAUGGGUUCCUGCAGGGUGUCCAACAAGGCCAAUGAUGCAGCGUGGGUAGUGGAGGAGGGCUACUUCAACAGUGCGCUGUCGCUGGCUGACAAGGGAAGCCUGCCCGCUGGAGAGCACAACUUCCCCUUUCAGUUCCUGCUUCCUGCCACAGCGCCAACGUCCUUUGAAGGCCCUUUUGGGAAGAUUGUACACCAGGUGCGGGCCACCAUCGACACACCACGUUUUUCCAAGGAUCACCAGUGCAGCCGUGUGUUCUAUAUCUUGAGCCCCCUGAAUCUGAACAGCAUCCCUGACAUCGAGCAACCCAACGUGGCCUCCACCACCAAGAAGUUCUCCUACAAGCUGGUGAAGACGGGCAGCGUGGUCCUCACCGCCAGCACCGACCUCCGUGGCUACGUGGUGGGCCAGGUGCUGCGGCUGCAGGCUGACAUCGAGAACCAGUCAGGCAAGGACACCAGCCCUGUGGUAGCCAGUCUGCUGCAGAAAGUAUCCUACAAGGCCAAGCGCUGGAUCUAUGAUGUGCGGACCAUCGCAGAGGUAGAGGGUGCGGGUGUCAAGGCCUGGAGGCGGGCGCAGUGGCAAGAGCAGAUCCUGGUGCCUGCCCUGCCCCAGUCAGCCCUGCCAGGUUGCAGCCUUAUCCACGUGGACUACUACUUGCAGGUCUCCCUGAAGGUGCCUGAAGCCACCGUGACCCUUCCUGUCUUCAUCGGCAAUAUUGCUGUGAACCACGCCCCGCUGAGCCCCCGGCCAGGCCCAGGGCUGCCUCCUGGGGCCUCAAUCCCGGUGGUGCCCUCCGCACCGCCCCAGGAGGAGGCGGAGGCUGCGGCCAGCAGCCCCCACUUUGCAGACGCAGUCUCCCUCUCCACGAAGAGCCACUCACAGCAGCAGUCACUACCUGCCACCUUCAGCUCUGUGCCUGCUGCCCCUGAGCCCCGCCCUCAGGAUGGCAGCCCUGCUCCCCACCCACUGCCCCCUCCCUUGUGCAUCUCUACAGGUGCCACUGUUCCCUACUUUGCAGAGGGUUCAGGAGGGCCAGUGCCCACCACCAGUACCUUGAUCCUGCCCCCAGAAUACAGCUCAUGGGGUUAUCCCUAUGAGGCCCCGCCAUCCUAUGAGCAGAGCUGUGGCGGUGCAGAUCCCAGCCUGACGCCCGGGAGCUGACCCUGUGCCGCCUUUUCCGGGUGGGCUGACCUCUGCCCUGGGACCGGGCGCCCAGGGCCUCGUGCCUUUGCUCCUGGCCUGGCCCGGCGCACUCAGGACCUGCUGCUGCCCGGCCGUUCCUCGCAGCCUCCGCCUCGGGAUCAGCCUCUCCCCGGGGACUGGGGCCUAGAGAGAUGGAGUGUAAAUAAAGCGCUUCAUUUGUA